AUCGAUACUGUGAACUAUUACUUAACAUCUCUAAUUAUCAUUGUUUUGGUUUUUGCUUUGUUUUUUUUUCGACAAAACCGUCAAAUAGUGUAGCCAUCCCAUGGAAACCCAACUGGAGAAAGUCUUGAGCGAUAUCGUCACACAGCAGGAUACGGUGGGCGCUCUGCUGGCCAAUCGUCAGGGUCUCUGUUUGGGCGCCAAAGGCGAUAUCAACCCGAAUGUCUCUGGCAUCGGCAUGGCCAUAUCUGAUCAGGUGGCGGCUUUGGAGCCCAAAAGUGCGGUUUCGACUCAACCAGAGGCGCGCCAUCCAACCAUCUGCCUAUACAGCGGAAAUAGGCGAUGCGUCAUCCAGAGGAAUGGAGAGAUAACUGGCAUCAUUUACAAGCAGCACACAGCUGCCCCGGCCAGCGAUUAGCACGGAGGUCGGAGCUGCAGCCCCACGUCAUACUCAGGCCAGUCGCAUCGGAAUGGGACUAAGGACUCAGGACUCGCCACAGGAGGAAAAGUCGCUUGCGUGCCUAGCGUGCUUGUUAAAGUGUUUCAGUGCCAGUUUGUGGCGUGGCUCUCUUCAUUUUCUUAAUUCUUGUUAUCAUUAUAGUUCUUUUUUUUGUGUGUUUUGUUAGAUGUAGAUGCAAAAUAAUACCCCACAUCAUGUGUAUGUAUGUGUAUAUAUACAUAUAUAUAAUGCACUUUACACUCCUAAGCCUUAAAGUCAGUACGCAUACAAUCCUACACACAUACACAUACACAUACACAUCCAUAUAUAAAAUCGAUCAGAUGAUGAAUAUUCAUGUAUGAAAGGUUGCCACUUUUGGCAACUAUUUACAUUUACCUGCUGGUGCAAUAGCAAUUAAAACUAUGAAACUACGCUUCCCAUUGGAAA